AGUAAUGCUAAAUUUAUUGUUGGCUCAUCAAGAGUACAAAUCUUUGGGAACAGCUGUAUUCUUUCUGCAAGGUACAAUAUAAUAAGCAAUGAACUAUGAUGCUAAAUAAUUGUAUUUAACCUGAGCUACAAAGUAUUUUAAAUAAUUUUAAAAUGUGACGAUUAAAUUAAGAACUAGUCAAUAGCAUAUAAAUUUCUAGUCUUGUUAAUAUAUAAACCAUUAUCAGUGCUGCCUUUAAUCAUGCAUCAAGAGAUAAUAUAUGCUAGUGUUAUCAACAUUGGGUUAAGUGGAGUGGAAUACCCUUUUGCAGCAUAUAUAUGUCAAAUGCCUGCCAAAGCAGUAAAAUAUUACAAUUACAGGAGGAUAUUCACUAAUUCUAGCACACUGUAAAGCAUGUAAUGAUUCGAUCUGCUAGUCACAGAACAUUCCCCUGACAUAUAGUGACCCACUUAGGAUAAAACAUCUUAUACUCAUGGAGGAGCGUUCCUCUCCAAUGCUCCAGUUGCAUGAGCUCACUGACAAACGUUUUAUUUUUCGGGGGGUAUUUUUGUAGGUCACAGGUUUUCAGAGCAAUGUUUGAAAACGAAGAUGGUCUUCACACAGUUUGUUUAGAAAACCCGAUAAUCUUGCCUGAUAUUUCACCUGAAACGUUCCUUUGUUUGCUGGAGUUUCUCUACACUAACUGUUGCACACUGAAUGGAGAAAAUGUGAGUGGGAAAUCAUAAUAUUGGACGACUGUAUAUGUAUCAUAUUAUAUCUCAUAGGGUUGAUCAUACUACGUUUUGGCUCAAUCAAAGACCCACUCUCUAUUAAAUCCUUUCAUUUAUUAAGCCCCCUCUUUAUUAUUGAUUUAGCUACCCCCUCAAAUAUUGCUUAAAAUAAAUACCCCCUCCCAAAUUUGUUUUUAAUUAAAAGCGAUUUGCAGAAUGGUAUACAUAUUUCUUACUGUGACAUGGUAAAACCAUACUGUAACAAGGUGUUGUGUUGUAUGUCUGAACUACCUGAGACUUCUCCUGUGGAGCGGGCUACCUUAAACGAUCAAAUGUCAUGGAAGCUACAUUAUUCACCAUUCUACACAAAACACGGCAGCUAAUCGUACAAUUUUAAAAUUAACAUAUAAAUACCAAAUACAGUAUCAUUUCAUGAAACAAAUGAUAUUCUUAUUCGUAGUAUGUUUUUAAGGUUAUUGAUGUUCUGGCCAGUGCAGCAGAAUAUUCGUUAGAUGAAUUACAACAAGUAGGUAGUUGCAUUUUAUUUGCUAGAAUAUAUCUUCUUCACUGAGAUUGAAAGUUAAUUCCUGCUAUAUAUGUUAUAUUAUGUAUAGAUAUGUGGUGAGUUCAUUGCCAAUACGCUGAGUAUAUCAACUGCUUGUGCAGCAAUGCAGGUACAGUUCUUUAUACAAAUCUUCAGGCAGGGUGCAAUAAUUCAAAAUUUUUAGUCGUACCUGACUUAUUGAAGUGGAAAACGGACUUAAGUCAUGAAUGCGCGAGUGUGGAUCCGCGACGCGGAUAGUGCAGUCCCGGGAGACCGUAUCAGCUAGCAGAUAGUGUCCCGGGCAGGCUUUUAGCCAGAAGGGCGUCCAGGCGUCCUGGGACGCCCCUAGAACGAAAAAUGGACGCCUUUGGACGCCCAAAUUCUGGGGGGGAGGGAAAUUAUUUUCAAUUAUUUCCCUAACUAUAAUAAUUUUUCUGAAACAAAAUAGCUUCAAUUAUCAUUAUACAUUAGACAGUUUGAUCAAUUUGAUGGUGUACCUGGCUGAAUGAAAAUGUCAUGGUUAAGUAAAGAAGCAUAGCAGCACAAACUCACAAAGCCAAGUGUGUUUGAAAAAUUUCGAGCUUGGAACAAAUACUGACAUGAAGUAACGUAAACUUCAAAGGUUUUCCAUAGGAAUGUUUUCUCGACCCCCCCCCCUUACUGUAGAUGUAUCGUUAUACCGAAAUUGGACGCCCUCUUUUAGGACCCUGGCUAAAAGCCUGGUCCCGGGAGACCGUAUCAGCUAGCGGAUAGUGUCCGGGGAGACACUCUUUCGGUGGGACAGUAUCCGCUGUGACACCGUAAUAAAAAUUGAUAGUAGUUUGAACAGGCUUUAAUAAAUUAUUUAAUUUUCUUGCAUAGGUUUCUGUGAUGUAUAGUCUAUCAAACUUAAAGGAAACUGUUCUCAACUACAUUGAAAAACAUGCUCAAGAAGUAUUUAAAACGGAAAGUUUUCAUGAACUAUGCGAGGAAGCAUUUUGUGUACUGUUAGCGAGUGAUGACCUGAAUAUUGAUGAGCUUGAUCUCAUUGCCUUAGUGAGGGAAUGGGCAACUGUUAAUUCGGUAUGACCAUUAAGUCUGAUUAUACUCAAUAAAUAGAUAAGGUUUUGCCGUUGUCUGUUCAGUUAUACACAGUAUGACGUCAUAAUGUGGUAAGGACAAAAAUGGUCAAGAACGUAUUAGGCCAGGACUUGUCACAUUGAUAUUAUGAAUAUGCCACAAAAUUAACAACAACAACAACAACAGGGUUCAAAUUAGCGGGUUGCUAUUGCGAAUGCAAAGUCACUUUUUGCCAACGCAAAAUCAUCCAUUUUGCGAAUGGCAUUUUGCAAAACAAUGUAUCAAAGGUUGAUUUUCACAAUCACUUCGAAUGUAUUUUACUAUAAUGGAGUAUUUUGCUGACUAUUAUUGUAAUUUUGUACUAAAAGGAUGUGUGAAAUGAAGAAUAUGGCUACAAUUUCUUCAGAAAAUUUACACUGAAAUUUCCUUCAAAUUUUCAAGAAGGAAAUUGGCGAAUCGAUUCCUCCUGUCUAAUUCGAACCCUGACAACAACAACAAUAAAGCCUGGUUUCCAUAUGGUCGCAAUGAUGGUAAAGAUUGAGUUACGAUCUUUCUCAUCAGCCGAAAUACAACAUUUUAGAACUGAAAAUACGCGGAGUGAUUAUGACUAGAGAAUAGUUAUGAUUUGUAUGUGGUUUACAGGUAUUAACUAUUAUAAACUGGCCGUUGAGAAAGAUCGUGACUCUAUUUUACGACCAUUACAACCAUAUGGAAACCAGGCUUAACAACAAUGACCACGACAGCACAAACACAACAUUACAAACACAACUUUGUCUGACGUGCGAAUUUGACUUUCUCAGAUUGGUCUCAAUAAACCGGUUCAAGAUUUGACGAAAAAUAUUGUUCGUCAUCUUCGCUUAUUGUUGUUGUCCCCGGAGGAAUUGAAGAUAGUCGAGUCUGACAACGAGAAAGAUCUUCUUAUUCCGGUAAGUCGGCCAGAGAUCAGUUUGUCAAUCGAUCAGGUUGUCUGUGAGUCGGCCGGUCUAUCUGUCGCCAGUCGGUCAGUAUAGUUAUUGCCUGUGGCAAAAAUGAAGAGUUUACAAAAAUACGUAUUAAUUAACCUUACGUGAUUAAUUAACCGGGAAUUUUAAGUAUAUUUCAGUAUUUAUUUAUUUUAUUUAACAGCUUAACUUACAUAGAUAAUUACAUUAAGAAUAUGGAGAAUAGUAACUAUAUAGACGAUCGUGGCGAAACACUAACGAGACUAGGUCCCAUGCCAGGACUUGUCUCAUUGAUAUUAUGAAUAUGCCACAAACGUGACAGUAACAUAACAACAACAACCCAAAUAGUGUUAUUUCAAGGUUAACCAGGUGUUUUUUUUAGUGUAAUAACAUCAUAGGUCACCAGCAAACACGUGCUCCAACAGGUUAUUUCAAGUUUAUAUUAUUAUUUUAUUAUUAUUUUCUAAAAUUUCACAUUAAGUAGUUAAACACUAAAUUAUAAUGCGAAUUACAGUUAAAAAUGAGAAUAUAUAUCCUAUACACUACUCUAUUUACAGGGAUACUCUUAUUUCAAUCUAAAAACUAUUAAUUUAAAAACUAACUAUACUAUUAACUAUUAAGAAUUACUAUUAUAUUGUUCGACUCCAUAGACAAUUGCACUAUGUUUAAAACGUUGAGUCCGACAGUUAAAAUUAUAAAACUUAUCUCCACUUAAUCUUGUUUCUCUAUUCCUAAUUACACAAACUUUAGGUGGCAACAAUUCAGCAUGAGCUCCACCUUUGAAUUUACUAUAUGAAUAAGUUCUUAAACACGUCCGAAUUUAUCAUAUUUGACACAUUUUGAAUUUAUCAUAAUAAUAAAUUCGCGGCACCUAACACUAACCCCAACCCUAAGUGUCCCUAACCACUAACCCCUAACCCUAACUCUUUUAACUUUUUUAACUUUUUUGAAAAUCUAACUUUUUAAACUUUUUUAAACUUUUAAAACUUUUUUAAAAAUUAUUUUUUUGAAUAUCUUGAAAAAUAAGAACAAGACAAGAGAAUACCACAUUAGAAUAAGAACAGGGCAAGAGAACACACAUUAGAAUAAGAACAGGGCAAGAGAACACACAUUAGAAUAAGAACAGGGCAAGAGAACACCACAUUAGAAUAAGAACAGGGCAAGAGAACACACAUUAGAAUAAGAACAGGGCAAGAGAACACACAUUAGAAUAAGAACAGGGCAAGAGAACACACAUUAGAAUAAGAACAGGGCAAGAAUAUAAGAAUAUAAGAACAAGGUAAGAGACUAUUACAUUAGAAUAGGCAGCGAUUAUUUAAAUAAGCUUUCUUAUAUUUGAUUUUCUUUGAUUUGAACUCUCAAAAAUUUUCCCUUUCUUCCCACUUGUUUAAAAAAAUAUAAAGCGGUCGGUCAAACUUGUAUUAAUUUUAAUAUUUAUUUAAGGUAAAAAUGAUAUCUGAUGCUUGGAAAUAUCAUGCCCUAAAGUCUUCUUCUGCAAGUCCGUCAGCUGUUGUAAGACCACGUUCUGGGACAAAAUCAAGAUCAACUAGAAGAUAGUGGCCUUUUUGGAUCGAAUCAAAACCGAUCUCAAUCAAUUGGAUUUGGCUGAACCAAGGUUUAAAUCCCUUUUCAAGUCAAGCAACUCAGGUAACACCUUCAAUUAAAACAAGAUCGUUAUCAUUGGGACAGCUAUCCAUGGGACACCUCGAGAAACUGAUUUCGAUUCCAUUUCAAUUAGCCUUUCUCACGAAGGUCAAAAUCCGCCAUUUUGGGAUACUGUCUGCCCUCGUGAAAGAUUCUAGACAAUAGGGG